AUGGCAGUAUCUGGUAGCCCUCAAUUUCUGAUCACAAGGUUGGCCUCUUUCGGUUUUACGUAUAUCAUCCCCCUAUUUUCUGCAUUUGUUAUUGGUGUUCUAGAACUGAUUAGUAUAAGUAGAAUUCCCUAUGACUACUACUGGAUUACUAAUUGUCAAAAGAAGCAAUCUGAUUAUAAAUGGUCGGUCAAAUUGAUUGUAGGUUUUCAAUUUGCUUGUACCACGAUAUUGCCUUUCUGCACAAUUAUAACCUUAUUAUUAUUUUCUGUCUGGACUUGUGAGGGCAAUGGGAUCAAAAUCCAUAGAGAAGAAUUCACAGUUGAGCCCUAUUGGACAGAAAAACUGGAAGAAUGGAAACAAGUUCCAAUACGGAUGAGAAUUAUUAAAGGAAAGAAAGUUGAAAAAUUUGUCCAUGAUAUAAAAAGUUUGAUCUUCACUUUCUGCAUACUACUUCAGACUCUGGUUGUCAUAUUUAUUAAGUUCUGUUGUGUUGUUUCUUUCUACGUCAUCUGGCUUCCAUUACUAUUUUUAGUUACUCUUUUAUGCAAACUAUUGUCACCUGUACAUAAAGUUUCAAAUGACCAAAUGAGAGAAGAGAUAGAACUCAGCCAGCAAUUUGUGAUACUUCUUGAAGGAGAUGAACAAUUGCCAAAAUCAUUAUUGAGGAAUAUUGUUGGUGGGUUGAAUAAAUAUAUUAAGGGGGGAAAGAAUCGACAACCACGUAGUCUACUCAAUCUUCUCAAACAAAGUUUCUUUUAUAAAGGUGCAAUACAAUUUGAUAACAGCCAAGUUCCAAGUCUAUUAACAGAAGAGCCUCCUAACUGUUGGACAUUUCCAGUGAUGACACUCACAGCCAUUGCCGUUGCACUUCCAAGCAUUGCAAAUCAACAUGUUGAUGAGCUUAUAAGCAGUGUUGAUGAAGGCCUCCAAUAUGCAAGCCAUAUAGAUAUCUUGGACGGGAACCGUGCGUUGAAAUACACUAAAAAUGCAGCAAGUGUUGUGUGGGUGGGAGUUAAGCUUCAUAAGAAGUGGUUGGACAUGGAUCUUGGGGAUACAAUUAGGGAAGUUCAUUCUUCCAAGGAGAUUAUUCAAGGUCUUGCUGAUGAAGCUGAAAGGAUUGUAAAAGAGUUUGGUUCCACAGGAAGCAAAAGCCUUGUGGAAAAUCCUCUCUACUGGCCUCCAAAUGUUUUAGCUGCUAAUUCAAUGUAUCGAAUUAGUCGGACCAUUCUGUUAUACUAUGAAAAUGCUACCCUUUUCGGAGAAAUUGAAGACAUUCUAAAGUUCUUUGAAGAGCGGCAACUUUGGGGCAUUGGUCCAAGUCAGCCAUUAUACAUUGAUGAAUGGCUUAGAUGGAUGGAGAGUGAGACACAAGAUCCAACAGCUUUAACUUCUGCAACAAACAAUGGAACCUCCCCUACUGUUGAGUCCAAUGAUUCCAAUGAUGAGCUUGUGAUUGUUCCAAUGUAA